GAUUUUAAUACUUUUAUUGUGCUCAGCUAUGGCUGCUCUUGAAAUUUCAGGGUCAAGUGAGGUCAUUUAAAGAGACAUAGUACACUAAGCUGAGUCAUCUGUACAUCUGCAGUAAUAAUAAAUACUUGCAAAAACUUUAAUAACCUAUAUUCAAGAGAAUAAUAUUUUCUAUAGUUUUGUUUUAAAACUUGUAUACUACUUAGUUUGCAUAAAAUGAAGUGGCUAGUUUUAGGCAUUACAUUAACAAUAUGGAAUUAUAUAGUGUGUCAAGAUAUUGUAUUCCCAGAUAAUGAAGAAGUAUCUCAUGUUAGUGGCAAUAAUCAAGUGAUAACAGAACGUAUUCCAGUCUCUAUACCAGGGCAGUGUCCCGAAAAUAUGCUUCUUCAUCCUGGAGGAGGGAACAAAAGCUCAUGGGUAUGCGAUUGCAGACCUAGAUUUUUAUAUUUUCCUUUAAACGAUACUUGUUACGAAGCAUAUACACAAGGACCUUGUGCACCACAGAACUACGUGGUACUUCCUAAAAAUGAAGUUGUACCAAAAUGCGUAAUAAAUCCAUGCAGAGUAGAGGGCUUAGUACCGUACAAUGGUACAUGUUACCCUCUAAGAACUGUAGGUGGUCCAUGUGCUCCUGAUGGAGUAUUAGGAGUAAACGAAACUAAUUUUGAAUUGGAAUGUGUACCAACGGAUAUUGCACCUUUUAUUAUAAUUCAAGCACCUAAAAGGCAGUGUCCUGCAGGAAGUCGCAGAAACAGCCUUGGAAUAUGCAGAGAAGUAAUUUGAAUCAUCACUGAUCAUUUACUCUUUUGGUCUGUUGAGUAUAAUAAACUUCAAUGUUUUGUUAUGAUUCUGAUAUAUUAUAAGAAUAUAUUACUUAUAUAUAUUUACAAAAUAUAUUUUAAACUAUAUUUAAGUUAAAUCAUUUUCAACAUGAAAUUUUAACUCUAUGUACAUUCAAUAAUUGUACAUAUACGUAAAUUGUAUACUUAUAAAAUUCGUAUCAUUAACAUUCAUUGUCUCAUCAAAAGCUAUUACAACUGACUAAAUGUGUGAUUAUUUUAUAUUUGAUACUACUCUAAUAUACUAUAUACAAAGUACAGCAAAUAUAAUACAAUAAGAAUAUUUUAUAUCUAACCAUUGUUAGCAUUCUGUAAAUUAAACAACAAAUAUAUUAAACCUAUGUUACAAAAUAUAUGUUAAUGCUUGCUA